AUGGCAGGUACCUCCAAGAGCUCCGCAAGCAAGCGCAAGACCAUCGGCAGGGUCAACCACACCAUCAACCCUUCUCGCCUGGACAGCCAUCCCCAACCAUCCAACGAGACCUCGUUUGGGUCUAUCCUUGAGAGUCAUGUCACACCCUUGGAAGCAAUCCAAGUUGAUGUAUCUCCUGAAACCACGACCCACGACCAAUUAGAGAUAUUUACAAACCCUUUUGCAUUACCAUCUACUAUUAUAAAGAACACUCAUAAAAAUAGGCGGCAUUGGAUCUGGCUCGCGCCGUCAUCGACAUGGUCUUUCAAUGUUCGCCUCUCAGUUGCCAUGACGGACAAACUGCAGUUCAGGUUAGAAAACAGCCCACCAAGUGCACUUGGCGCUGAUGUAUAUCCUCUGAAAUGGAGAUCACUCCCAGAUGAUGUCCUACCAGAUAUAAGCGGCAUCCCAUCCAUUGAUCGAGCACUAUAUCUCUUCAACACUGUCAAGUUUCACAUUGGCCACCACUACCAGUUCAUCGACGAUCAGACUUUCCUACAAAAUCUGAAUGAAUUCUACUACGGCAAUGCGCAGGAAAAAGCGUUGGAGCUUCGACUUUGGUUCGUCCAGUUCCUUAUCGUCUUGGCCUUUGGAAGCGCGUUUCUCUCCAGAGCCAAGAAUCGAAAUGAGCCUCCAGGGGCGGGAUACUUUGUGCGAGCAAUGGAGCUCCUUCCAGACCUGGGAUCACUAUGGAAAGAUAGUCUCUUGGCAGUUGAAGUGCUCGCCCUGGCCGGACUCUAUCUCUACUCGAUAGGUCAUAGGGAAUCUGCCAACGUUUAUCUUGGUCAAGCAUUGCGUAUCGCUCAGUUGGAAGGAUUACAUACUCGGCUCCCGGAAAGCGAGCUCGGACACGAGACCGUUGAAAGAUGCAGGCGACUUUGGUGGACGCUUUACAUAAUGGAUCGUCACUUCUCAACAUCUCUUGGCAUCCCGAUGUCUACCACAGAUAGUGAUAUCUCGGCCUUGAUCAGCUCAUCCACCACAGGCUCUCAAGAGGACACGAUACUUAAUCUACAAGUCAAAUUAUCACACUUGACUUCAGUCAUUUUACGCACUAUAUACGCGACGGAUAAAACGGAACUGGGGGCGUUCCUGGAGAAAACAAAAUCUAUAUUACACACACUUGCAGGUCACGCCCAGGAAAUCGAAGAAAUUAUCCAUGCCAAAUUCCACAACUCCGUCGCUGCGAUGUCCCAAGGGACUCGCCAUAUCACACUCCUCUACCAUCAAUGUGUGAUUUUAGCUACGAGACCUUUAUUGCUAUCCGUUCUUAAGGAGCGAUUAGAGAAGCUGGGGCGGGCAGAUGAGGACUGGCAGGGAUUUUUCGAAUUGACGACAAGACUAAUCACUACGAGUAUCAAAUCCGCGACGAAGACAAUCCAAAUAUUAUCCGAGGAUGAUAAUCAAACAGACGUCUUUCUGCCAUUUGAUCUCGAGUUCAUAUACGGCGCUGCUCUUCAUAUGGUUAUGGCCAGUUCCCUUUUCCCCGGUGUAACCGAUGGCCAAGGUUAUGUCCAACAAGCCCAUUCCAUCUUUGAUGACAUGAUCGGCAAGGGAAACAAGCUGGCCCAGGGCCAUCGAGCCGAACUGGCACAUUUGGAGACGUUAUUCCAAGAAUUUACACGCCAAUCCGAACAGCAAGGUCUCGAGACUCUCACACUCAGAGCACCAGACGGAUCAGAAUACGAUAAUUUUGCAAGCCAUCACGCAUCUCUAGGCCCGGAGAUUGACCCUGCGUUGGUUAUGGCAUCAGUGCCGCCUACGAUAGGUAUCCCGCUAUCGAUAGGGGGUGACAUGCCUCCUUCGCCGACAUCAGGGACAACCCAGCCCUUGACCAACAUGGAGUUUUUGGACAAUAUUGGUAUAUCUUCGUUCGACUUUUUUGAUAUUGUUGAUCAACUGGGCCAGCCAGAAAUGGAGAAUUCGGAUAUCUUGGAUCCGCAGUUGAUGUAA